GCUAGACUGAGCGGCUGCGAUCGAACCGGGAAGGAGACCCUGUCCUUCUGCAGCCAUGGCGAGCGGAGCGGUAUGGUGAGAGCUCCCCCCAAUUUGGAGAAUGGUAUUGGCUACCUGGCUUAGGUCAGACGGGCGGCGGACUCUUCCAUUAUGGGUUGUGGGGGUGGUGGUAACGUUUUAAGAUGACUUUUUUCUUGCAUAGCCGGCUUUCUACCGGAGCUGGGAAAGUGAAUCUCUCCCAAACAGGCGCCUUGCGUUGUGUUACAACUGCUUCCCCUGCCAUAAUUGAUGCGCACCCGGCGGGUUUGCUGACAAGGGUAGUAGCAAAAGUGCAAGGUGUGCAAAACACACGCACCAGCCGGUUUCGCGUGUGCAAGCCCUCUCGCCCCCGUCUCCUAGAAAGCCGAGCUCGGUGCAUGCUAAUCAGGAAAUAGAUGCACUUUCGGAGGCUAAUGGUAGGAUCCUGCGUGACGCUGGACUGCUGUAUGAACAGCACAACCUCGCUGGCGACAACCCAAGCCCAUUUCCAACAUGGCGUUUCAGAGGAUGGAGGGCAUGUCCAUUAUCCGGGCUUUGGCCAUGACCGUUGCAGAGAUCCCCGUCUUCCUUUACACCACGUUUGGACAGUCGGCCUUCUCUGCGUUGAGGAUCACCCCCGGUCUACGGAAGGUGCUCUUUGCCACGGCUCUCGGGACGGUGGCUUUGGCCUUGACGGCGCACCAGUUAAAGCGGCGACGGCGGCGGAAGAAACAGAUCGCUCCAGAGAAGUCCAGCGCCAAGCCUCUGGUGGCUCCAGUGCCCAUCUUACCCACCUGCCGGGUUCCCUCCGUGAAGAAAGGUUAUUCCGGCCGUCGGCUGCAAAGCCCCAGCAGCAAAAGCAAUGACACCCUCAGUGGGAUCUCCUCCCUGGAGCCCAGCAAGCAUUCCAGCUCUUCGCACAGCCUGGCCUCCAUGGCGGUUGUGAAUUCUCCCAGCCCGACCCCUGCUGCUGCACCCCCCUGGGAAGCCCAUAUGGGAGGAGAAGGCCCUGGUGCUGCUGGAGACUGCAGUGCAGAAAACCUCUAUUUUCAAGGCAUGGAGCUGUUUGAAGAGGCCCUGCAGAAGUGGGAGCAGGCCCUGACCGCCCGUCAGAAGGACCCCUACAGCCUCUCUGCCUCUUGGGUUGUCCCCAAAGCGGAAGAGCUGCUGCCUGAAGAUCUCUGUGAGGAAUCUCAGAAAAAAGAAUUUGCAGACAAGCUGGAAUUGCUCCUGUACCGGGCGUAUAACCUGCAGGAGGAGUUUGGAUCCAGUCUGUCGGCUGAUAACAUGUUGCUCGAUUUAGAGCAAACUCUGAUGUUCCCACUGACCGAAGAGUCUCUAAGGCGUCAACAAGAUGAUGAAGAUAGUGUGACCUCUGAGGAAUCCUUUUUCUCUGCCGCGGAGAUCCUUGACUCCCUGGAAAUGGAGAAGACGCCCUACCAGCCUUCUAGGCCAGCGGUUGCCUAUGAGGAAGCAUUGCAGCUGGUGAAGGAUGGACUAGUUUUGUGCAGGACCUUUCGCACAGAGCUUUUGGGGUGCUGCAGCGAUGAUGAUUUCCUGGCAAAGCUUCACUGCAUCAGACAAGCUUUUAAGGAGCUCUUGAUGGUGGACAACAACCAGACGUUUUUUGGGGAGGUGGGUAAACGGAUGGUGAUGGGGCUGAUGACCAAGGCUGAGAAGAACACAAAGGGUUUUCUUGAAAGCUACAGUGAGAUGCUGCACUACACACUGAGACAGGAGACUUGGCCAACUACGCAGAAGGAACUGGAAGGGCGAGGGGUGGUUUGCAUGAAUUUCUUCGAUGUCGCCUUGGACUUCAUCCUCAUGGAUGCUUUCGAAGAUCUGGAGAACCCGCCGUCCUCAGUCGUGGCCAUCCUGCGUAACCGCUGGCUCUCGGACAGCUUCAAGGAGACGGCUCUCGCCACGGCUUGCUGGUCAGUUUUGAAGGCCAAGAGGCGGCUCCUGAUGGUUCCGGAUGGUUUUAUUUCUCAUUUUUACUCCGUAUCGGAGCACGUCAGCCCUGUCCUGGCUUUUGGCUUCCUGGGGCCCAAACAACAGCUUUUUGAAGUCUGCAGCUUUUUCAAACACCAGAUUUUGCAAUAUCUGAAAGACAUGUUCGACCUGGACAUUGUAAGGUACACAACGGUGACCUUAUUAGCCGAAGACAUCCUUCAGCUCUCACGCCGCCGCAGUGACAUCCUGCUCAGCUACUUAGGAAUGGAGACCAUUCCAGAGAUCAAUGGGACUCUGCAAAACGAUGAUGUUUCCUUCAGUAGCGUCAACUAAACCUCCUUGUUCAGACAAGACAGUUUGGAGCUUAGGAAUGGGUUUGUUUUCUCCUUGCGAGAGGAGACUGGCUUCUGUAGUUCGGAGGCUGAAGAUGGACGGCAGCAAAACAUUCUCUAUUUAAAUUGUCUAACUUAAAAGCAAUUUUGAACGGUGGUUCUCCACCUUGGCAACUUUUAAGAGAGGUGGGCUUCAAGUCCCAGAAUUCUUCCGAAUUCCCCAGCCAGAACAGGGAGUUCUGGGAUUUGGUCCACCCAUCUUAAAAUCGCCAUGAUUGAAAAACACCGAUUUAAAGGCUGUUUAACAGCCCCAGAUGUGUCCAGCAUUAUCCAGGCGGGAAGGUUUUGCCAGUCAGCCAUGCCUGUUUCUAGUUAUUUAAUACUUGCCUAAAUUGUGGCCGAGCCCCUGUCUAAUAUUCCUGUUGUGAGAUUAGUGCACAAGGACACUUUAUUCCCUGUGACAUUUGAAAAGAAGGACAAGUGGGGGAGACCUGUAGGGACCUUUUGCUCCUUUGAUUUGGAAAAUUCUAAUUUAAUUUUUUUUUUUUAACUGAAUUUACUUUAUUGUGUCUAUAUCAGCAUUCUUCAACCUUGGCCACUUGAAGAUGGGUGGACUUCAACUCCCAGAAUUCCCCAGCUAGCAUUGCUCUAAGAUGUCUAGACUUCUGGAAUGCUCUAAUCAGCAUGCUGGCUGGAGCAUUCUGGGAACUGAAGUCCACCUAUCUUCAAGUGAAAAACACGGGUCUGUAUGUACAGCCAAACUUUUAAUAACCUUUCUUUAAAGAUUCUUGCAUGUAUGAUGGUCUCAGAUGGAAGACCCUCUAUGAAGGAGAUGGAUGAGGAAGGAAGGAAGGGAAGGGAAGGGAAGGGAAGGAAAGGAAAGGAAAGGAAAGGAAAGGAAAAAGAAAAGUAGGUUGGAUCUCACUAUGCCUUCUGAUAAGGAUCAAGUAUUUCAGUGAAGUCUUGCAAGAAAUGUUUACUCUAAACACCAAUUGGCUUGAGAGCUUAUCCACUUUAAUAGAUGAGAUAAACUUCCAAUUUUAUUCUUGUCUCCGGCAUCUUUGUAGCCAUAUUCCAAAAAUCGGGAAUUUUCUCUGUCAAUCUGAAUGUACCUUCUUCUCCCAGCAAUGGACGGGAGUUGAAUUCAAAACUGCCCGACUGUAGAUUUUGCAGAAUUGAAGUCCUGCAAGCUCAUAAAUAAAUGUUUAUUUAUGAACUUGCAAAACUUCAAUUCCGUCAAAAAUAUAUUUAUUGAUGAAUUUCUCCAUCAAUCUGAAGGCACCUUCUUUCUCCCAAAGAUGGGGUAAUUGGAACACAAAAUUCCCAACUUCCUGACUGUGGAUUUUGCAGAAUUGAUGUUCUCGACUUGACCUUGUGGCAUUUUGUUGGCCACGCAUUCAUUGAUCCUGAAUCAAGAAGGGGGGUAGUGAGAUGUAGUGAUUGCAUUAAAAUGAUCCUGAAUGCAGCAUUUGGGGGCCAGAUUGGAUGAAGUUAAAAAAAAAACCCAGUCUGCUUAGGGAUGGUGGGAUGCAAUUCUGAGAUAGUCUUACUUUAAGGGGUCAACGGAAACUCCCAAGCUUCCCAUGGUAGCCCCCCUUGGGUGGGAGGACAAAUGAAAUCCCACUGGGUAAGAAUGUUCCAUGUUGUAGAUGCACUGAGAUUUUUCAACAGGGUGGAUUACGGUCUUUAGAGCAGUGUCUCUCAACCUUGGCAACUUUUAAGGUUAUAAGGACUUCAGUUCCCAGAAUCUCCCAACCAGCAUACCUAUACUGGUUGGGGAAUUCUGGAAGCUGAAGUCCACACGUCUUAAAAGUUGCCGCGGUUGAGAGACAUUAUCUUAGACUGCUCAUUACACUGGCUAAGGCACUUUUAAAUCUCCUUUUAAUUACUAUUAUUGAAGCAGUUGAGUUGACUUUUGAACAAGUCAACACUUUGAGGCUGAAUUGUUGAGUUUUCCAUACAACAUGGACGAAAGAGUUUUUGCUCUUUUGCAUCUUGGGUGUUUUAAGGGGAAAUAUUUUAACUUCAUGGGUAUUUCUUGCAACAGGUUCCAAAGGCAGCCUUUUAUAUCAACUCUAUAACAAAUUAUAGUUUUGAAUUGAGAAACUAUGAAUGUUGAAUGGGAAGGCUGGAACUUAAAUAUUUGUGUUAAGUUUUAGCUUCUCUUGAUUUGAUCUGGCUGCCUGUUGUUCGAUGAGACCUCAUUUCGAACUAUGGCAAGGAGAUUAAUCUCGCCCAAGAAAAAAACUCCCAAUUUGCAAGGACAAAUUCAAAAGUACAAUUUGGUCAUUGCCACAGUUGUUUCCUUUUUUUAAUUCUGAGGAGCAAUGAAGAGUUUUUUAGAAGCAUGAGAAUGUAUCCAGAAUGUAGAUCAAGUGUCAUAAUCAUUCCUCCCGGAUUUAUACUGGUUUUUGAACCCUGCUCCGAAGUUGAACGUUUGCUCCAAGGUGCCCCUUGCAUUCCAACCCAUACAAGUCAUGGAUUAACGGUCUUAAGAAAGCCAUCAACUUGUCACGCAACUUUUUGUGGUGCCUAAUUUACGCUGAAGGAAUUCCCACGGAGUCUUCAGUU